AAUUGCCACACUUCUCUCAAUGAUCACGUUCCCCGAGACAAGAGCGUCCAACCCGGUGUAUCCGGAGUAGACCACGGAUUGAACUCUACUCAAAAUACCAUACAUUUUUAGAUACGCCCUGUACUUGACACAUGGAUCCAGAGUUUGCUGUAUGAGAGCGGAGAUGCGGAGAGAGCUUAGCCGGGAACAUGCCUCUCAUCCCUGCAAACCAGUCCCAGCUGAUCCGCUCCAGCCAAAAGGACGAGUAUUAUCAAAGUGUCCUGAGAAAUAACGCCAACGAAGCUUUCCAAACAGUCGCUGGGUCUAAACGGUGGCUGGACUGGAGGAGAGAGGUGCAGCUGCUCACAGACUUGGCCUACUACACUCUGACCACGGUCUCAGGUUACCAGACCUUGGGUGAGGAGUAUGUGCAUAUUCUCCAGGUGGACUCGUCUCAAAGGCACGUCCCAUCUGUGGGCAGGCGCGCAGGGUUUGUCCUGUGCCACAGCCUGGUGCCCUACCUGCUGGAGCGGGUACUGCAAUGUGUGGAGAGAGAGCUGGACAAGGAAGACAACUCACCCCCACGCCAGGUCUCCCCCAGUCCGUGGGCUAUGGAGAGCUGUCUGAGGAAGUGUGUGCGCAGGGCAGUGGCCGUCCUGACCCCAGCCCAGAGGAGCGCUUGUGUCCCGGCUGUGCAUGUUCUCCAGCAGGCCUUUGACCUCCUGCAACGCUUCCACACGGCUCUGUUCUACCUCACAGGCUCAUUCUAUAACCUCUCUAGGAGAGUGGCCGGCAUCAGCUACCUGCGUGUGAUGGGGCCCUCUGAGGACGACAGGGCCAUCAAGACCAGCUACCACAUGCUGGGGGCACUGUCCAUGCUUCAGCUGCUCCUCACUGUGGUUCUGCAGCUGAACCGCUUCAACCAGAGACAGAGAGCCCGUCAGGAGUGGAAAGUCUACAGGAACCUCCAACCUGAGCGUCCCGGCAGCUCCACAGCCCGCUGCAGCCUGUGCCUGGAACAGAGGAGACCCACGGCCACCCCCUGUGGACACCUGUUCUGCUGGGAGUGCAUCAGCGAGUGGUGCCAAAACAAGGCGGAGUGUCCUUUAUGCCGAGAGAAGUUCCACCCUCACAGACUGGUCUACCUCCGCAACUACAGCUAGAGCCACUCCCUCCCUGUGACGAUUCAGCUGGAUACCACAGUGGGACAUUACAGCACAGGCACGUUUAACA